GAGGAAGGGGACGAGGGCGAGAGCCAACACGAGGAAGAGGGUGAGCAUGACGAUGAUGAGCAAGGAGGCGAUUACACCACCGAGUCUGGCACCAAGGGCCAAAAGUCCGGCGGCUGGAACUUGAUGGGCAAGGGAAAGUCGGCCUACCAGACGGCUAGCAACCUCCAAAAGCCCGUUUCUCAAGGACUGGACCUGGUUAGUAGGAUGCAGAAGCCCAGCGAUGAGGAGCAAAGUUCGGCCACUGACUCGACGAUCCAGAUGAGUCAGGGUGACAAGCAGCCCCAGGAAGAGGCCGAAGGACAAGCAAAGAAUCUCGAAAAGACCACCGGAAAGGAGGAAGAGGAGGCCCCCAUUUCGAUGGAGGACAAGUCGGAAGAGGUGAUUGACUUCUCGGAGCUCAAGGGAUGCAAAGUCAACAAGGCCGGCAACCUCGUCAACAAGAACGGCGACAUCAUCGGCCGCUUGAUUGAGGGCGACGCCAAGAAGCUCCUUGGUAAGAGAGCAGACGAGAAGGGACAAAUUUGGGACGACUCCGGGAACGUCAUUGGCAAGGCCGAGCCUCUCUCUCACUCGGAGCGCGGCGACGAAAAGGAGUUUGCCCCCUUUGAGAACUUCCCCGAUGCUACUGUCGAAGCAGACGGUCGUGUCAUGCACAACGGACAGCAAGUCGGCGUCGUUGUUGAAGGCGAUCCGAAGCGUCUCAAGGGAAGCCACGUCGACGAAGAUGGCGACAUCUUGGACCGACGCGGCAACGUCGUUGGCAAAGCCGAGGCCUGGGACGAGCCCGAGGCCGAGCCUGAAGCCGUUGUCGACAAGUCUUCGCUGGCCGGAAAGCGAGUCAACAAGGCCGGCAACGUCGUGGACGGCUCAGGCGCCAUUUGGGGCAGAGUCGUUGAGGGCAACAUCAAGGCCCUGGUAGGACGUAUGUGCGACAAGCAAGGAAACGUCCUGAGCGAGUCUGGCGACAUCAUCGGCAAGGCUGAGCUCGUCAGCGAAGGCGAGCGAGAAGGCAUGAAAGAAGGCCCCUUUGCCGAGCUGUCCGGCUGUACCGUUGCCAAGGAUGGCACGGUUGUUACACCUUCGGGUGAUGUUGUUGGAAGGCUCAUCGAGGGAGACCCCAAGAAGCUGUUUGGUCGAUCCGUCGACGAGGACGGAGACGUUGUUGACAGCAAUGGAAACGUUCUGGGCAAGGCUGAGCGCUGGCAGGAGGAGGAGGUCGAGCGGAAGAAGGCUCCCUAUGCGGGCCGCAAGGUGAACCGCGACGGCAACGUCGUCGACGAAGACGGCAACAUCAUCGCGAAGCUUGUCAGCGGCGACAUCAGCGCUUGCUCUGGCAAGGAGGUUGAUGAUGACGGAGAUGUGGUCAACUACAAGGGCCAGGCUGUCGGACAUGUCGCCUUGCUUGAGGACAUUCCCAAGGAGACCGAAGAGGAGAUGAAGAAGAAGGAAGAGGCCGAGAGGGACCGCCAGCUGGCUCAGAAGCUGGCUGUCUGCAUCGAGCAGUCACUCGACAAGGUCCGCCCCAUUUGCAAGAUGAUUACUGACAAGAUCAACACUGCUGAGCGGACUCCCAAGGAGGAGCUCGAUGAGGAGCAGUUGGUGCGGGAGGUGAAGCCCCUGAUUGAGGAGGGAGGCAAGAUCUUGACUGAAACCAACGGCACUAUUCGCGGUCUUGAUCCCGAUGGUCGUAUCCAGCGCAAUGCGAAGCACAAGGCGGGCACCAAGGAGGCGUCGCCGGAGGAGUAUCAUCUCGCCGAUGUGCUCAAGGAGCUUACUGGCACUAUUACGCAGACCAUUGACAACGCAAAGAGCAAGAUUGAGGGCAUGCCGCACGCAAAGAAGGAGCUCAACCCUCUUUGGGGACUGCUGGCGGAGCCCCUGUUCCAGAUCAUUGCGGCUGUGGGAUUGCUGUUGAACGGUGUGCUUGGUCUUGUCGGCAAGCUGUUGAGCGGUCUUGGCCUCGGAGGAUUGGUCGACAAUCUCCUCGGAACGCUUGGACUGAACAAGGUGCUCGAUAGCCUUGGACUCGGCAGUGUGACCAGUGCAAUCACUGGUAAGAACCAGAAGAAGAAAUAA